AUGAGCGACGAAACAUGGAUGGGUUGCACCGUCCAACAAAAGGGUGAUGGAGGGUGCAUUAUCCUAUCCCCCGACUCUACUCCGUUGCUGGAGACAGAAGAUGCGCCAAAGACGAUGAGCAAAAAGGAUGAUCAAGGCAACGCCGUCGAUUCGAUUCGGGACGAUGAGUUUGCUAAAUUCAAGCUCCUAGCAAGAUGUACAUUCCUUUCAGAUGGCUCCUAUAACGAGAACAAUACCGAAGCAAAUCAACCAAGUUCGAAGAACUUGUCGCGGCUUGAGCAGGAAUUGAAAGGAACCAUUGUCAAUGGAAAAACAUACGUCUCUACUGCCUACCUGGGCUUCUCUGCAGAGAUGAAAGGAGUCAUAUUUAUGAGAAAAGAACUUUGGUCUACCCACAACUCGGAUAACUAUUCACAAUUACCUUUGCCAAAAUCUAAAAGAGGCAGAAGAAGCACUAUCGAGGAAUUGAUUUCCGGGCCAGUCCAUGAACAUGCACUUCGUUUCAAUCUGAAGGGCGUAACCUUGAAAUGCGGACUUUCUUCUUCUUCUCCAACAGUCAAGCAUCAAGAUGUCAUUCCGCAUUAUCUUGCCACAACUGAGGCCAAUCUUGUGAUGCUCAAGAGACUGGUUUCCGGUGAACCUUUGGAAACAUUUCUUACUACGCCGGAGGACCGAAAAGCAUAUGAUCUCUAUGUUGAGCAAUUGAUUCAAGGGCUGAAGAGGGGAGCUGCGAUCGCCCCGUUCUGGUUCCAAACGCCUCCUGUAUUGUCUGAUGUUCCUCCCGGAUUGAACCAUUCUGGUAGAUUUCCGGCCGACGCAAAAUCUCGAGGGGACGACAAUCGCCACUUAGCUGAAUUUACCUGUGAUCCAUAUCUUGCAACGCAAAAUGUCAGUCUCAAAGUUGCACCAGGCUUUGUAUAUGCUGCGGCCUUCGCCGAAGCGUUUGAGUACCCUCCCGAGUUGAUACGAUUAUUGAAAGAAUUUGCACUCCAAUACCCGAACGACUUUCUGCCCCUUCGUCUCAUGCUUCUGGCAUGCCAUCUUUGGGUUGAUAUUAUAGCCCAUUCGGAUAUGCGAUUAGAGUGGUUCAUGUUGGACAGGAGGUAUGGUGGUACUGGAUUCAACGAGGUCCCUCGCGUAUCCUUGGCGGCGUUUAUUAUUUAUUUUGCUCACUGGCUUUCAUGGACCGAGUCUAUGGGUUUGUCUGAGCAUCCACACCCAUUUCGCUUUGUCUUCAAAGCCUGCGAAUCAGACCAAGCCCACUCAGGCUUUGCCGUGAAUGAGGAUCACAUUCCCCAGGACAGGGUUAUUGCGUUAAUGCGCAAGGUAACCUCUCGGGUCCCAAACGUUAGCAUUUACGAGCGAAUCAACCUCCACCCUUCCAGCGUACCAGGGACCAAAAUGCCGCCCAUGCAUGACUCUUCUUUUUUCGAGUACCCGCAUCGAAUUCCUCUCGCCCUCACGGGAUUGCCACAUCUGGGAUAUCUGGGUUUGCCCAACUACACCCGGCUGAAGCUGGACAGUCAGGACCGUCCUCUGAAGAAGCUCGCCAAGCAUCCAGAGAAGAUACUUCGAUCUCAUUACCUUCCCUACUUUGUCAACUCGUCUCAUUUUGGCAAUCCUGGUACACGUUUACAGACUCCCAGCGAUCUUUCCAAGGGGGUAUUGACAACCUUUUCGCAAAUCUCUCCCUUUUGGAAACCGAAUAUCCCGAGGAGUGACUUGGAACCAUCAUGCGAUCCCUCAGCCGCCCAGGUUCCCUCCUCUCAAUGGACUGACACAGGAUCACAAGUGACUCAACCUCCACAAGAAUCUCUUUUCUACGCGCCCUUACUAGAGUCUUGGUCCAAGGUCCCUCGACAAGCCCAUUGGGCGUGGAAACACGGUCUCCAACUACUCAAAGACCUUCCAGAAGAAGAACGGCAAGAUGGAACAUUCAAGGAACUCAUCUCUGCCGCUCAAACCCAACACAACCAGGAUAUCAGUCUGCUCAACGAGUGUCUCUCUUCUCUCUACACCCUCGAGGACCUGUCCGACCACGAUUUGUAUAUUGCUGUCCCCACGGCCUUUGGAAGGUUUAUCGGACUGCCACCCCCUCAAGACGGAGUGGUAGAUGCGUGGGCCGAACACUUCUUAACAAUCGACGAGCCUUCCCCUCAGGUCAAAUGCAUUUCAAUGGUCCUUGGCCAUUUAAGAAGCGCAAGGGCCAACCCUUCGUCCAUCCCGUAUCUGCGACCUUUGAUCCAACAAACAGUCCAACAAUUGAUGGGUAUGUCGAAUUCAGUCGAGACAAGAGACUGGCUUGGCAUCCAGUGGGAUUUCCUGUUUCCGCAGUUCACCUCGACAUACAACACUGCCGGUGAAUGCUCCUAG